AUGCCGGAGUUUAGCUUUGAUCCGAAACUUACCGUUUUAUAUCCCGCCGGAUUAAUCCAACUUCCUGACGCAACUUUCAGGUCAGCAAUUUGUAAACAAAAGGAAUACUACGACUACCCCGAGAACAACCAGAACCAGACGAACCUCCCGUCGUCCAUCACCGUCGAGAUCGUCCCUCCCGUCAAACAAGAGACCGUCAUCAUCUCCACGGAGGCGGCGCGCAGCAUGCUCAGCGAGGCCGCCGAGGAGGAGCAGCUCGAGAAGUCCAUGGAGCCCAACGCCGGCGUGCACUUCCUCACCGACGACGAGUGCAACCUCAUGGUGGCCAAGCUCGAGAACGGCGAGAACUACGAGAAGAAGAAGAACGAGCUUUUGGAGUACCUCACCCGGCACGACGGCAGUGUAGUUUGUAAACUCUGUGGUGAAGUUCUCGCCUCUAGAACGCACUGGUACAGACACAAGUACAAGUUACACGUGAACAAUCUCGUGAACCCCGCGCCCCUGUUCAAGUGCACGCACUGCAACGUCUUCUUCAAGAGCCGCAAGGGCUACAUGGGGCACAUAUCGGCUCGCCACUCCGAGAACAUGGAGCAGCACGAGGAGCUCAACAUCAGCAUCAAGGAGGAGGUGGUGGAGACGACGGAGCCGCCGAAGAAGAAGAAGGAGGGCAAGUCGGCGGACUGGGAGGAGCAGCGGGUGAAGGAGGAGAAGCUGGUGGCGGACAUCAUCGACAGGGUGCGGAAGGAGUGCGAGGCGCAGGGGGCGGCGGUGAGUCGCCGGGGAUACAGUCGGAGGUCGACGGUGAUGAACUCUUGCAAUUAGGUCUUUGUGCCGCGAAUCAUGUUGCAACACCAAAUUUUGUAGUUUUGGCACGGUUUUUCCUGAGGUUAUUGUUGGCGUCGGCAGCAAUAAUCCGCAAAGAGUGAUUUCUGAAUCUGUAUCUGUCCACUUAUGAUAAUGGGUUUGUAUAUAGUACCUUGAAGCUCAACUGAGACGUGAUUUUGAGAUGCCAAAUUGUGUUACAGUGCAACUUUGUUAUUCGCACUUUUUUUAGAAAUCCUUUGCUCAAGCAUUGUGUCAUGGGUUUAGAGGGGGAGUGGCAACUUGGAAACGAAUAGUAGUUUUGAAAGUGCGUCGAGACGGCCAAUUAAACGACAGCGUUUGAGCGCCAUAUUUGAACUUUUAUAUUUACGACUUAGCAAAAAUGCAAUUUUGUGUCUUGUUGUUUGGACAUUUCUCUACAAAAAACUGAAAAUGUACAAAACGUAGAAAUAAGUUACUAUGGAAGUGCCAAAACGUACCCAGACAUUUACUACUGGGACCAUUUUUGCUUUUAAUCUUUGUAUUUUACCCAUAUUUUAUUUUCUCUGUGACGUCUUCAAACAAUUCCAAGUUUCGCAUAAAAUAAAAUUUUACAAAACACACUUCUGGAUUUGGCACAAACUCAAACUGCUAACUUUUUAUAGUCACCAACAAGCGUGGGUGUAAUGUGGGUUUUUUAGUUAUUUGAAUUCGGGCGAGUUAAAUGCGUGUAUAGUUGGUUGCCUGCAUUUGGCGCAACCAUAAGGCGAAGACUAAAUAUAUUUUUUUUGACACAGGAAGACAUUUGCACAACUUUUGAAGGUAAGCAACGUGAUCGUGGGGUGAUGUACAAGAGUUUGUGCGAAAUCGAAAAGUGCCUUUUGUAAAAUUUCACCGAAUAAACUGGUGGUGAUUCUGGUGACGUCAGAUGUGUGCAGAAUAACCGUUUUGAUAUAGGUUAUGAAAAAAUUCGUACUAAUUAUAAUUAAACAUACGUGGUUUUCGACCACAGGAAUUUUUUCCUCACUUUGCAAUAUUCUAGUCUUUUAAUUAUUGUUUAAAUAUCUGGUGUCUUUGUUAAUCGUUUUCAGAUGAAUCGCUUAAAACCAUAGGUGGCUGGGGCAGUUGACGUUUCGGUAACGCAGUUGUGCACAUUUAUUUAAGUCGUUUUCGGGUAUAAAAGUGUGAAAAACGACUAAAAGCGAUUCAAAAAUUGGUGUUGUGUACCAAAAACAAAACAUUUCCGAGUUUCAAAUCGAUCGAAACGUGAUAAUCGAAUUGGUGUUUUCGCCUGUUUCACGGAUGUCGCCUGGAUCCGGGUAAUUAUAAUAAUAGGAAAAAUUGUCGAUAACGCGCUUCCGAAACACAGAAAACCACCACUUUGGCAAGUUUUUCUUACUUUUUUGAGUCGUUUUUGAUUAUAUUCUAAAAUACCUGUCGAGAUUACGAGUCAAUUUUAAAUUGUUUAAAACCAUAGUCGGCUAUGGCAGUAUGGCGCCGUUGACAUUUCGGGAUCGCAGUUUUGCACUCGUUGCAUUUAUUUAAAGUCGUUUUCGGUUAUUAAAGUGUGAAAAAUGACUAAAAGUGAUUCAUAAAUUGGUGUUGUGCAGUAAAAACCAAACAUUUCCCUAUUUUCGAGUUUCAAAUCGAUGAAAACGUGAUAAUCGGAUUGGGGUCUUCCCCUGAGUCAAUUUUUCAAAUCGUUUAAAAACAUAGUCGGCUGUGGUAAUAUGGCGCCGUUGACAUUUCGCGAUCGUGGUUUUGCACUUGUUGCAUUUAUUUAUUGGCGUUUUCGGUUAUUAAAGCUCGAAAUAUUGCUAAAAGUGACAGAAAGACUGGUUUUGUGCGUGAUAAAUAAUACCAAAAACUAUUUUCGAGUGAAUAAAGUAGGUAACGAUGACUGAAAUUUCGUAUGGUUUCUUGUAGUCCAAGAUCCCAGGGCCCCCAGACGUUACUUAUUUUCUCACAAAUAAAAUGUAUAGGAUAAAGUAGUAUUGGUAUAUAUCUUGAGUGUAUGCACACCUGC